AUGGCCAAAAGUGCCAUCCUCAGUAGCGCCAGCACCUCUCCAGCUUCCGACGACCUCCCUCCUCUUGAUCACCACGAUUCAUACCAGAAGCUUUCAAGCAUGAUGGGCCCUCCCAAGACAAUUCCUAACAGAAACAUUGGCAACCAGCCUCAAAGAGAAAACAAACCCAUCCCUUCUCAGCAGUUCCUCAGUCCAACAAAUGGCAUCGGACACGCUCUCAAUGACACACCUCUUUCAACCGCUCCAAGCAGUCCUCAGAUUCAUCCUAGUGUCAGCAAAACCGGAACACCUAAAUCCCGUGCUACCACACUCGACAUACCCGGUCUCACAAGAUCCAAAGUUUCUCCCGACGGCCGAAUAGCGCAGCGAGAUGUUGGUAGCAAGCUUGUCCUUGUCAUGGUUGGACUUCCGGCACGGGGAAAAAGCUACAUUGUGAAGAAAAUUGCGAGAUACCUCAACUGGAUGCAGCAUGACUGCAAGAUCUUCAAUGUGGGCAAUCUACGCAGAAUGGCCGCAGGUGGAGGUCAAACCCAAACCGAUGCUAGCUUGGAAGGAAAGCUUCGAGCUUCUGUUCGUCGGCUAAGUCUAGCUCGGGGACGUCCAUCCAGCAUAAUUGACCAUAACGAUCUGCUCCCACCCCCAGCCAUCACCACACAAAUCAUGGUCAAUGGAGAGGUGCAGGGGAACGUUUUCGAAGAGGUUGAACAGCACGCGCAACAUAUACCCAGUCAACCCAAGCAUACACUUCCAGCGCCGGAGCACAUGGAUCAAGACGCCAACUUCUUCGACCCUGAGAAUGCUAGGGCUUCCCAGAUUCGUGAGCAAGUCGCACUCGAGACACUUGACGAGCUGCUUGACUAUGUCCUCAACCAAGGUGGUUCGGUCGGUAUUCUGGAUGCAACAAAUUCAACACUCGAGAGACGAAAGACCAUCAUGACUCAUAUCCGAGAGCGCACUGGCUCCGAACUGAAUGUUCUGUUUCUUGAAUCGCUCUGUUUUGAUGAGAAUCUGCUAGAGUCAAACAUGCGUCUCAAGCUUUCGGGUCCUGAUUACAAGGACAAAGAUCCUGUGGAGGCACUUGCAGACUUCAAGAAACGAGUGAAGAUGUACGAAAAAAAGUAUGUCCCGCUCGGAGAGUACGAGGAGCGCCACAGCAUGCCAUACUUGCAGAUGAUCGACGUGGGUCGCAAGGUUGUAUCUCAUCAGAUCCGGGGUUUUCUACAAAUCAUUCUAUCCACAUAUCUGCUCAACUUCAACCUAGCUCCACGACAGAUUUGGUUAACGAGGCAUGGCGAGAGCAUGGACAAUGUGCAUGGGAAAAUUGGUGGUGACAGCUCUCUUAGCCCAGCUGGCGUCCGAUACGCAAAGGCUCUGACUAGAUUUAUUACCGAAGAGCGAGCUGCUUGGGAGCAGAGGCAGGUCGAGAAGCAACAAAACUGUCAUUGGCCACCACGCCCUGGUGACACCACACCGCCAAAUCCUGAGUACACCCGGCAGUCGACUGGGCAAGAGAAGAACUUUUGUGUUUGGACAUCUAUGCUCAAACGCAGCAUCGAAACUGUCCAGUUCUUUUCGGAGGACGAUUUCGACAUCAAACAGAUGCGCAUGCUAGAUGAGCUCAAUGCCGGCGAUAUGGAAGGCAUGACUUAUGAGGAGGUCAAGACCAAGUUCGCUGACCAAUAUGCUUUGAGAAAGCUUGACAAGUUGCAUUACCGAUAUCCAGGGCCUGGAGGAGAAGGUUACCUCGACAUCAUUAACAGACUACAGAAGGUUAUCAUCGAGGUUGAGAGGAUGACAGACCAUGUUCUGCUGGUCGGGCAUAGGAGUAUCACUCGAGUUCUUCUAGCUUACUUCAAAGGGUUGGGCAGGGAAGAUAUUUCAGACCUCGACGUACCCCUUGGAGUGGUGUACAUGCUUGAGCCAAAACCAUACGGUGUCGACUUCAAGGCGUAUCGCUACAAUCCUUCGACAGAUUGGUUCGAUUACGUUCCAGAUUUCGAAUUGAGGCGAGCCACUAAUCCCCAACCAUAUUGA